CAACCGGCAGCUUCGGCCAAUGGGGAGCCACUUCCGGCGACGUCGGCGUCGACACGUGGAUCCAAGAUGGCGGCCCCGGGGGCUCUGAGGCUUACGUGCCCGUUCUUCCUCCUGUGGCAUGGGGUGAGUUGCUUCUACGUGCCAGGAGUGGCCCCCAUCAAUUUUCACCGGAAUGCUCCUGUAGAAAUCAAGGCUGUGAAACUGACCAGUUCGCGGACGCAGUUACCUUACGAGUAUUACUCCUUGCCCUUCUGUCGGCCGCUCAGCAUCAAAUAUAAAGCUGAAAAUUUAGGUGAGGUCCUGAGAGGGGACCGCAUUGUCAACACGCCUUUCCAGGUUUCCAUGAACGUAGAAAAGAAGUGCGAAGUGUUGUGCAACCACCCAAACAAGCCCGUUGUGUUGACGAAGGAGAAAAGCCAACUGGUGGUGGAACGGAUCCAGGAGGAGUAUUAUGUUCACCUCAUUGCCGACAACUUGCCGGUGGCCACGAGGCUGGAAUUCUACUCGAACCGUGAAGAGGAAGAGAAGAACAAGGAACGAGACCUUCAGUUCGAACAUGGCUACCGACUUGGGUUCAUGGAGAAGAACAGGUUCUUCCUGCACAACCACCUGUCCUUCAUCCUCUACUACCACCGAGAGGAGGUGGAGGAGAAUCAGGAGCCCACCUACCGGGUGGUCCGCUUCGAGGUCAUCCCACAGAGCAUCGCCCUAGCAGAUAUGAAGGCCGACGAGAAGGGCGUGUGUGUCCUGCCCGAAGCUGCCAGCGCCUCCGCUCAGGAAAUUGACCCCAAUAAGGCCAAUGAGCUUUUCUUUACCUAUUCUGUGCACUGGGAGGAGAGCGACGUCAAGUGGGCCUCCCGAUGGGACACUUACCUCACCAUGAGUGACGUGCAGAUCCAUUGGUUUUCCAUUGUGAAUUCCGUGGUGGUGGUUUUCUUCCUUUCCGGCAUCCUCAGCAUGAUCAUCAUCCGGACUCUCCGGAAAGACAUCGCCAACUACAACAAGGAAGACGAUAUUGAGGACACCAUGGAGGAGUCGGGGUGGAAACUGGUGCACGGGGACGUCUUCCGGCCGCCGCAGUAUCCCAUGAUCCUCAGCUCCCUCCUGGGCUCUGGCAUCCAGCUCUUCUGCAUGAUCCUGAUCGUUAUCUUUGUGGCCAUGCUGGGGAUGCUGUCCCCCUCCAGCCGGGGGGCCCUGAUGACCACCGCCUGCUUCCUCUUCAUGUUCAUGGGGGUCUUCGGGGGCUUCUCGGCCGGCCGCUUAUACCGCACACUCAAAGGCCAUCGGUGGAAGAAAGGCGCUUUCUGUACGGCAAUGCUGUAUCCCGGGGUCGUCUUUGGGAUAUGCUUCAUCCUGAAUUGUUUCAUCUGGGGCAAACACUCCUCGGGAGCGGUCCCGUUUCCCACCAUGCUGGCGCUGCUGUGCAUGUGGUUCGGCAUUUCCCUGCCCCUGGUGUACCUGGGCUACUACUUCGGCUUUCGCAAGCAGCCCUACGACAAUCCCGUGAGGACCAAUCAGAUCCCACGGCAGAUCCCGGAGCAGAGGUGGUACAUGAACCGGUUCGUUGGGAUCCUCAUGGCUGGAAUUCUGCCUUUCGGAGCCAUGUUUAUCGAACUUUUCUUCAUUUUCAGCGCCAUCUGGGAGAAUCAAUUCUACUACCUCUUUGGCUUCUUGUUCCUGGUAUUUAUCAUCCUGGUGGUCUCCUGUUCCCAGAUCAGCAUCGUCAUGGUGUACUUCCAGCUCUGUGCCGAGGAUUACCGGUGGUGGUGGAGGACGUUCCUGGUGUCUGGAGGAUCCGCCUUCUACGUGCUCAUCUACGCCAUCUUCUACUUCGUGAAUAAGCUGGACAUCGUGGAAUUCAUCCCCUCCUUGCUGUAUUUCGGCUACACCGCCCUCAUGGUGCUCUCCUUCUGGCUCCUGACAGGGACCAUCGGCUUCUAUGCAGCCUACAUGUUUGUCCGCAAAAUUUACGCCGCGGUGAAAAUAGACUGAAAGACGCCCGGCACACACCCCGAGGAUGGCACGGAUUCACUGCCAGGCGUUGAUUUGCUCCUAAGGAAGGAAUCUGGGAAACUUUUUUUUCUGCUUCUCCCAAGGAAGAAAAACAAAAUUCCUUCGGGAGCAGGACACGGGAAAUUAAAAAAAACACAAAAAAACAACAACAAUAACAAAAAAUCCAACUCUUGGAAUGUAAUUUUUGGCACAAUAUCCGUGGAAUCGGGGAUCUCCUGGAGGGGGAAGGGUGUAUAGAUUCUUUAUCUUUUAAUCCUACACUAAGGGAUUCUUUUUUUAAAAAAAAAACCAAACGCCAGUCCGUCUCUUACAACGAAUGUUCCUCCCGUUCUACUUUUCGACCGUCACUCGCCAUUGUAACGGCCAUUAUAGAGUCCAGGAGGAGAGAUUCUCCCAUCGCCGUGCCGAAGGUGCCGGGCGCUGCAGUGCCAGGCGGACACAGGAAACUGGUUUGCUGGCAUUUUUCCGGGGGCUCACCUGGUUUCAGGAACUCUCUCUCCGGGGGCUGCAGGUGUGCCGUUUCCGAGCGAGAUAAUGUGCAAUUUUUUUUCAAACUGUAUAAUCUUCUCACCUGCCCGACUUGGGACUCUCUUCGUGCCGGAAAAAAUUCGGUGGAAACAGCGACGGCGUCUCCCGUUUUAAAAAGGGGAAGAACGAUAAGGGAUGUGGGACUGUCGCUCUUGAACCUGUCAGUGGAUCGGAGGACGCAGCUCUGGGGAGAUUUGGGGGGGGGAGGGGGACCUUUCCUCCCCAAAACGAUGAUGAGACCCUGAGCC